GUUGAUUGUUAUUGUUCUUCCGUAAACACUUUGUGUGCAUUCUGGAGUAUGUGAAAGGUUGAAGGUGAAGGAAUGUCGUCGAUUAUGAACCUCAGUGGAAAAAGUAGAAAGAAAAGCGAGAGGAUAUUACUAAAGACAACAUUCAGGAAAUUCACUAAUGAAGAAUCCAAUCCAGUGCUUAUUGAUACGGAAGAUGAAGACCAUCGAGGAAACGAAACAGGACAACCUCGGAUUAAAAGACAAAUACAAAAGAAAUAUUCAACACCUAAGAAGAAAAUUAAAAAACAAACAAGUUUGGAUGAACACGUAAACCGCACACCAGAUAAUUUGAUACAAAGGGUAAAUGAAAUGCGAACAAAAAAACGGUUUGACAUUUGUAAAAGAAAUGGUCUUGAAGUUGCAGUUUUGAACUCAGAUUCAAAAGAAACUAUGAAAACCAAAGUGAAGGUGAAAAAGUUUGUUGCAGAAAAGGCAAUCGAUUAA